AUGUCUGAAAUUCUAAAAGUAACUGUGACUGUGCCACCAAAAGAAGAUGUUGAACAUUUGCCUGUCUGUUUUAAACACUUCAGUAACGUGCGUGUCAUUGUAGAUUGCACCGAAAUUCCUAUUGGCCAGCCCAACUGUUUGCGAUGUGCAUUACAGACCUACUCCUUCUAUAAGAAAGGUUUCACGAUUAAAUAUAUGGUGACUGUUACACCAAGUGGUCCUAUUGCCCACAUAAGCCAAAGAUAUGGAGGCCGCAUCUCAGACAAGGCCGUUUUUGAGCAAAGCUGCCUCAUCAAGCAACUAGACUCGACAUCAGAUGUCAUAAUGGCGGACCCUGGCUUUCUUACUGAUGAAAUUUGUGCGGACAACUUAAUUGAGUUAAUCAGGCCUCCAUUCAGAAAACAAAAGCAGAUGUCAAAGGGUAAUGCACUUAGAACACAAAAGAUAGCAUCAGCAAGAGCUCAUGUAGAGCGUGCUAUACAGCGAAUGAAAAUAUUCAAAGUGUUGUCAACAAGAAUCCCAUGGAGCAUGGUGGGACUACUUGACGACAUUGUUAUAAUAGCUGCAGGCAUCACAAACCUCUCACCACCGAUUUUAGCAGCGCAUCUAUUUCUGUGA